AUGGCCGGGGUUCGGGGAAGUUGGACGAAGUGCGUUGAAAACAAAGCCUUAGUUAGAGUAACUACGCCAAAGUACGCCGUAGUUACACUCCUUUCGACGUUUGCGCCCUCCCGGUUGGGUGAGACAUCGACUCAGAAGCGUGAAGUUAGCCGAGGUUUGUCGACCUGGGGCGUCAAUGUCUCACCAGGACAGGGUACUCGUCGGGGAACUACGGCUAACUACGCCGUAGUAAUACGUCAAGUGAUAAGUGAUAAGUCCGUCUCAGUGGUUCAAGUGGAGGUUGGUGAUGGUGAAAGGAAGGUUGGUGAUGGUGAAAGGAGGGUCGGUGAUGGCGGUUGUCAGGGAUGUUACGACGUAGUUCGUGACAGUCGCCCCCUCCUUAGGCGUGAACGUCCUCCUAACUUCAUCGAAGUUCAUCGUGGUUGUUUGUUGUUAUCCUGUGGUAAUUACAUUCGUGGGAAUUUUGAUCGUCGUCAUGGUGUUUGUUGUUGCUGA